UAUGAUUCCUUCAUUCUCCAUGACCCAAAAUUUUGGGGUCCAAAAUGGUCAACCUCGUAAUAAUUUUGUUCAACACCAAUCUACUCCGCCUAUUUAUGGUGCUGUUAUGCGUCAAGGUGCUACUCAAUCUCAAGUGCAAUUUCAACAAAUGAUGCCUCAACGGGUUGUUCAACCAAUUCCAAGUUUUGGGGUUCAACAGAAUUACAACAAUCCUCUACCUGCCAACACAACAAAUAUGAACAUUAAUUUGGGCCGUUCUAACCAGAACGUUUUUGCUCUUCAAACCAAUCAAAUGACGACUACAUCAAGUCAAUAUUUGCCACAACAACAACUUCAACCGCCCUAUCCUCUUCUUGCAACAAAUUCGUCUCCUGCUUUGAUUUCACCGCCGCGGAUGUCUUUUGUUUCUUUUCCACCAAUGCCUUCUGUGCAUCCACCGCCAGCGCACAUAAGUUUAACGGUUAAUGGUCGUCAGCAACCGCAUUCUCAACCGACUGUAACGCUUAACCAUGUGGUUUUUUUUAUUAAUUUUGGGGUGGGUGGGCUUUUUUCCAACUCCAAACCCCGACUCAAGAGAUUUUUCAUAAUCCUACCCGAUCCUUCGCGGGUGCCGACCAUAUUAUGUGUUCUACACAUCCACGUCAUUUUGUCAAAGUUUUCGACUUCACUUAAAUCUUCCGAUUCUUCCAUAAACUUCUGUCCGUAUCAGCCUCCAGCUUGUAUUAAUCAACAACUAUUUUCGCCUGCCGUAGGGUGGUCUUUUACUAGUGAACCUCCAACUAAUACAAACCGAGUGCAACAUCAACAACCUAUUUUGCGAAUGCCAACUGUUGUUAUUCGACCUGGAGGGACUACAAUUAUUCGUUUAAAUGGUUAUAAUCGUCCGGGAGGAUAUUUUGGACGAGGGCCGUUGACUAAUAUUGGUUGUCAUACUUCAAAUGUUAAAAACGGAUAUAAAGCUCAACAACCACGUAUCAAAUAUAACGAAGAAAUUCUUGCUGAUAAAAAAGAUGAAUGUCCUAUUUGUUUGGAAGAUAUGGAUAGUGGAAAUUUGAUUGCUAGACUUCCUUGUCUUUGCAUUUUUCAUAAAAGGUUUUUUUUUUGAUUUUAUAAAUUGGAGAGGUUUUUUGGGGGUUCUAGUGCAUGACAUGCGUCCCUCAACAUUAAUGUUCAU